AUGAAGGUUUUCAUAUCAUUUUUAAUUGUUUCAUUCCCAUUAUUUUCAGUACUAGCUACUGUUGACAAUUUUUUAAACUGUUUUCCCAAUCAUGUAGAAAACCCUAAUCUAAUCGUUGAAGCCAUUUACACCCCCAGAAACUCCUCUUUCGACAAUAUUCUUCGUGCCUACAUUAGAAACCGCCGGUUUCUAACUUCUGAAACACCAAAACCAGUUGCUAUAGUUACCGCUAAGCACGAAUCCCAUGUCCAAGCGACGGUUAUUUGUGCAAAAUCAAAUGACCUGCAAAUCAGAAUAAGGAGUGGCGGGCAUGAUUACGAAGGUCUUUCUUAUAUAUCUAACGUUCCGUUUGUGAUUCUUGAUAUGUUCAAUCUCCGGAACAUAGAUAUAGAUAUUGUGACGGAAACUGCAUGGGUUCAAACUGGAGCAACUCUUGGAGAACUUUAUUAUAACAUUGCUAAUAGAAGCAAAUUCCACGCCUUUCCUGGCGGAGUUUGCCCUACAGUUGGCGUUGGAGGUCACUUCACCGGAGGCGGCUAUGGGAAUAUGAUGAGAAAAUACGGUCUUACUGUCGAUAAUAUUAUUGAUGCUACAUUAGUGGACGUUAAUGGUAAUAUUCUUAAUAGAAAAUCUAUGGGAGAGGAUCUUUUUUGGGCAAUUAGAGGAGGUGGAGGAGCAAGUUUCGGAGUUAUCCUUUCUUGGAAAAUCAAAUUGGUUCAAGUCCCUAAUAUAGUUACAGUUUUUAGGGUUGAAAGAACAUUAGAAGAAGGAGCAACUGAUAUUGUUUAUAGAUGGCAAGAAAUUGCUAGUAUAGAUAAAGAAGUUUUCAUAAGAGCAAAAUUACAUUCAGAUCAAAAUAAGACAAUUAAAGCUUCUUUCUUUGGACUUUUCUUAGGGCAAACCAAACCCCUAAUUUCUUUGAUGAAUGAAACAUUCCAAAUAUUGGGUUUAGAGGAAAAAGAUUGUAAGGGAGUGAGUUGGAUAGAAUCAACACUUUUCUGGGCUGAAUUUCCUGUUGGAACAUCUAUUGAUGCUUUACUCAAUAGAACUUCUCAACCUCAAGUGUAUUUUAAAAGCCGGUCCGAUUAUGUGAAAAGCAUAAUCCCGAAGCAAGAUUUGGAGAAGAUAUGGAAAAUAUUAGCGCAGGUAGAGAACAUGUACGUGCAAUGGAAUCCUUACGGAGGAAGAAUGAGUGAGAUAUCGGAUACUGAAACUCCAUUUCCUCAUAGAAAUGGAUAUUUGUUUAAAAUUCAGUAUUAUACUGCAUGGACCGAAGAAAGGAAUGAGGCUUCUAAGAAUUACAUAAAUUUGUCAAGAAAAGUUUACGAUGCAAUGGCUCCAUACGUGAGCAAGAAUCCAAGAGAGGCUUUUCUUAACUAUAGGGAUCUUGAUAUUGGUAGUAACCCUAGCAAUCAAACCUAUUUUGAGGAAGCAGAAGUUUAUGGUAGAAAAUAUUUUAAGGAUAAUUUUUGGAGGUUGGUUAAUGUCAAGAAAAAAGUGGAUCCUGGUAAUUUCUUUAAGAAUGAGCAAAGCAUUCCUCCAUAUUAUCCAAGGAUCGCCCCAGCCCCAGCUCCUUUGAUAAUGGGGGACUAA